AUGCCCGCUUUGCUGUGUUUGGAGAACCCUCUUCUUGAUGUUCGGGCACUUGGCAAUCAGGAACUCCUUGACAGAUAUGGACUCAAGGCAAAUGACGCCAUUCUCGCCGAGUCUUCACACCAAGGUCUCUUUGAUGAUCUGAUCAAAAAUUUUGCAGCAGAAACCACGGCUGGUGUUGGAGCAUCUGAAGCGGCCCCAGAUCUGGUAGAGUCAUCGCAAGUCUAUUUUGUUGGAGGCUACCACUUGACAGUCUGCCCCGAGGCCGGGCUGGCCUUGGCAGAAGAGGCCGCGGCCAAGAACAAGAUCUAUGUGAUGUCACUGUCUGCCCCUUUUAUUCCAGUUGCGUUUAAAGAUGCCCUAGAUAAAACCGAACCGUACUCGGACUAUUUCGUCGGUAACGAGAGUGAAGCCCUGGCAUGGGCGCAGUCGCAUGGUCUAGAGACUGAGGAUAUCCCCACGAUUGCCGAUCACCUCGCCAAUCUGCCCAAGGCGAAUGUAAACAGACCUCGGAUCGUCUUGAUAACCCAAGGGUCUUCUCCGACGGUUGUGGCAAUCUCAGGAACCCCAGGGCACGAGGAUAUUCCUAUCCGUACGAUUUCCGCGGCCGAGAUCAUUGACACUACCGGGGCCGGAGAUGCUUUCGCGGGAGGUCUUCUUGCCGGAAUUGUGCAGCAAAAACCACUCAAGACCUCGGUUGAUAUGGGGCAUUGGCUCGCGCACCUGGGCAUUCAGCAAAUGGGGCCAAACUACCCGCUGCCGAAGCAGUCCCUCACCCCUGUCUGA